ACUCGUCACAGUCUGUUGACUCUGCACGCUGCACCACCGAGUAGCUCUGCUAUAUAACAGCCGGCCCUGGAGGUGUAGGUCAGAGCACAGGUCCGCCCCUCCGAGCUGGUCGCUGUCGAACAACUUUGAACAUCGCCACCAUGAAGGUGUUAGUGGUGCUGCUGAUGUGUGGGCUCGCCGUCACUUCAUGCCUGGGCAGCGACGACUCGACGCCGGGGCCCUAUCCGCCGUGGCCGCCCCCAGGCGUGGUCUGGCCCCCGGUCAAGCCGGCGCCCAUGCCGGUGCCCCAGCCGGCACCCAUGCCGGUGCCCAGGCCGCCACCCAUCCCGCCGGCGCAAAUGCCGGUGCCCGUCAUCCCCCAACACCCCAAGCCGCCACCCACCUGGAAGUUCCGCCGCUCGCUCCAAGACUAGCCAUAGCCGAAACGACACCAUCGAAAUUCAUCGGUGUUAAAAUCGAUUCUCUGCUAAAUUGAUUUUCCUUGAAUAUAUUCUCCGAAAAUUUAUCAUCGAAAUCUGAGUACUCGUAUUAUACUGCAACGAUGCGCAUAUGAGGCUGCUAGAGCUAAAGGGUUGUGACAGAAUAUAGAUUUAUAUUUAGUUGAUGUUAAUAUUGAACUUAUGGUCCCAAAGGGGAACAUGUAUACUCUUAAGAUUUUUGCUGCCACGUAGCAAAUUAUCGUAAAAUAAAAUUACUUUGCUACUGGCCACCUCUUAUUAUAAACGCACAUGUAUAUUUUGUAUUUUUAAAUUAUAUAGUUAUCUACGAACCAUAAUUCAUGUCUGGUGAGUUUAAAAUUAACAGUGAAAAAAUUAUGCGUUACACAGUAUUUUAAGGUGUUGUAAGGUUGAGUCGGUCACAUCCCUUCAAGAAUAGAUUCGUCGAAUACGGAGCAAUAAUCGAUGCAUCGUUUCUAAAAUAAUCGACCGCGCCUCUCGCGCCACGGCCAUCAGGACGGCGAGGUCAGGGGUCAGGCAGCUCCCCGGCCGACGCAAGUCCCUAGCAGCACAGCGGCACACCGACAGAACACCAACUCGUCAGACAAAAGGACAGUCAAGGCUUGGUGGUGCUACGCUCACCUUAACAUCACUUGUGUGCUUGUAACAACAUCUGUAACCUUGUUUAGAAAUAAAUUUCCUUAAUUUUUUUUUA